AUGUUCACAGCGAAGCAUCUGUUUUUCGUGCUCCUGCUCUCGCUGGCCGGACUGAUCUACUGGAUCGCGGUAAUAGAGCACGAUUCCCCCAUAGAUCCCGAAACGUUGGAGCAAGAGUUUAGCAUAUGGCCCACCGUCGGAACGGCCCCGGUGAUAGAGUUGGUUAAUGACGACCAGGAUGGAACGCCCGGCGACAUGGGAUUACCGGUAGUUCUCCCCGAUCAGCUGCCACCUGAUGUGCGAGUCCUCGUUCGGAAAGGCUGGGACGAGCAAGGCCUCAACCAGUACGUCUCCGAUCUGAUUCCACUCCGCCGCAGGCUUCCGGACGUUCGAGAUGGCUGGUGCCGUGGGCAGGAACAAGCAAGACGAGAACGUAACGUUGGAUCCGGAACACUGCCUCGUUCGUCGAUUGUGAUAGUGUUCUACAACGAAGCCUGGUCGGUGCUGUUGCGGACAGUGCACUCGAUCCUAGAUCGGACGCCUGCCGAGUUAGUAGAAGAGAUCCUGCUCGUCGACGACUGUUCGACGAUGAACCACCUGAAGCGCCAAUUAGACACAUACGUCGCUCAACUACCUGGGGUUCGUUUGGUGCGAUCCUCCGAAAGAUUGGGUCUUAUCCGGGCUCGUUUGCUGGGUGCCAAAUCGACCAAGGCUAACAUCAUCACCUUCCUGGACGCACACUGCGAAGUGAUUGAAGGAUGGUUGGAGGCGUUGGUGGCACAUGUGGAAAAGGACGAGUCGAUGAUCGCCAUCCCGGCCAUCGAUUGGAUUCAUGAGGAUACGCUUGCGCUGAACGCUCAGAACUCGGUGCGGUAUUACGGUUCGUUUGAUUGGUCACUGAAUUUUCAGUGGCGUAGCCGGGACAGUCGGAGAAUGGCGCCAUUUGAAAAUGGGACCAUCGUCCACCCAGCGGCCCCCUACGAUACGCCCACCAUGGCAGGAGGCCUGUUCACGAUCCACCGGUCGUUUUUCGAGAGGCUCGGAUGGUACGACGAAGGCAUGCGCAUCUACGGCGGUGAAAACAUGGAGUUAUCCUUUAAGGCGUGGAUGUGCGGUGGUCGAAUGCAGAUAGUGGCUUGCUCACGUGUCGCACACAUCCAGAAGCGAGGCCAUCCUUACCUACGCCAGCUCGCUGGGGGCUUUAGCCUGGUUAAGCGCAACAGCGUUCGUGUGGCCGAAGUGUGGAUGGACGAGUUUGCGGACUACUAUUACGAAACGUUUGGAGGUCGUUCGAAGCGAGGAUCCUUCGGUGAUGUAUCGGAACGAAAAAAGUUACGUCAGGCGCUCGAGUGUCGUCCGUUUCGAUGGUAUCUUGAGCACGUGUUUCCGGAGCAGUUCGAUCCAAGCAAGGCCGUUGCACGAGGUGAGAUUCGCUUCGGGGGUAAAAGUCUUCGAAAUGGCUGUCUCGAUUGGCCGACGCAACUUGUAGUGGCUACGUGUCACGGUUCGGGAGGGCACCAGCUAUGGUACCUGACGAAACAGGGUGAAGUGACCCGAGAGGACCACUGCCUGGACUAUGACGGUCAACAGGUCGCAAUGUACCGGUGUCACGGUAUGGGCGGCAACCAGCGAUGGAGCUGGGACGCCGAUACCAAGUUGCUGAAGAAGCUCACGUUCGACCGUUGCCUACAGUGGGCCGAUGGCAAGAUUUCCCUCGAACCAUGCAACUCUGACCAGCCUAACCAGCACUGGUUGCUGCAGAACUACCAACCAAACAACUUGUGA